UCAAGUUCCACCGUAGGCCUCACCUGAACCGUAGCAAUUUUUUCAAUCCUAGGGUUUCUUUUUUCUUCCCAAACAAAUAUUUAAAAAUUUAGCAGCGCCACAUUGAUUCGUUUUAUGCAACUUGUCACUCCAUUUACUUCAAGGUUAAACUUCAAAGAAUGGGAAAACUUUUUUUCUGCCCACCAUGUUUAUGAAGGUGGAAUCUAAUGUACUUGGGAUGCUGAUAGGUAAGACUGAUGCCUGAUCAUUUAACGGUUUGAUGCCAAAAGAAAUUGAUGAUUUUCAGGACAAUAAAUGUUAGACAAAGUGGAGAUCAUUGGUGGACUUGCUUAUGUUCAAAUUCCAGCUAAUUCUUCGCUUUUGUAAAGUAGCUAUAAAUGAACAAUUUGGUAAAGAAAGUGCAUCAUGGAGAGCUCAUCUAGUCAAGGGAUAGAUUCAGAUGAAAGUGUGAGGUGUUUGCAAGUUGAAAACUUUGAUGAGCAGGAAUUGGUUGAUCAUGACCUUUCAGACAACAUUGAGUUAUGCAUGGGAGAAGUUGACAAGAUUAUAGAAGAGUCUACUGAGAGUUUACCGUUGUUAAGCAAUGCUGUGGAACCGUAUAUUGGCAUGGAGUUCAAGUCAAGAGAUGCUGCAAGGGAAUUUUAUGUUGUUUAUGGCAGACGCACUGGUUUUACAGUGCGAAUCCAUCAUAAUCGACGAUCACGAAUAAACAAUAUGGUAAUUGGUCAGGAUUUUGUUUGUUCAAAAGAAGGUUUUCGUGAAAAGAAAUAUAUGUACAGAAAAGACAGGGUUCUUCCUCCCCCACCUAUCACUCGAGAAGGCUGCCCUGCAAUGCUGAGGUUGGCUUUAAGGGAUGGGGUAAAAUGGGUUGUUACCAAAUUUGUAAAGGAGCAUAAUCACUCAUUAAUGUCACCCGGAAAGGUACCAUGGCGAGGGUCUGCCAAAAAUUUGAUCAGUGAGGAUGAGAAGGAUCAGAGAAUACGAGAACUAACCCAAGAGCUGAACAAUGAAAAACAAAAAUGUAAAAGGCGGUGUGCAGCUUACCAGGAACAAUUACGCAUGAUAUUGAAAUUUGUUGAGGAACAUACUGAUCAAUUAUCAAAAAGAGUUCAAGAUAUAGUCGAGAACAUAAGAGAACUUGAAGAUGCGCAGCUGGAAGAUUCAGAUUGCAGCUAUGUUUAGUCUAUCUUCCAGCUAGGCAUAAAUGUCUGAUACAUUGUACAAUUCCUUUUUCCACCCUUGUUUGGAUUUACCCUACGGUGAUUAUACUAGUGCAAAUAUAAGUUAAUUUGGACCAUUCUCUGCA